AUGCAGAAGGUCGUGUUCAAAUCGAGGUGCUAUGCCGCUCUACUUUGGCGGGACUCGCCGCUGGUGGAUGCGCCGGGUGUAUUCCGCGCGCUUUGCAUCCACAACCUUUCUGUUCAAUACCAUCGAUUUCGUCAGAGCCGAAGCCUCCGGCGUUGCUUCAAUGCGCUAGAGGCCUGGGCCAAGGGCCUUCGCCGCUUCAAGGCCCGGCGCGCGCUGCGCGAAGCCCGCGCGGCGCGUGCACUGGUGAUGUUAAGGCUGCUGCCGGCGUGGCGCCAGACUGCUGCAAAGCUGGCGGUCCGGCGCCGAAAUCACGCCGUGCUCCGCAGAGUCUUCACACAGAGGAGGCUGCGCCAAUGGCACCAGUGGAGCUGCCAUCGACGCCGUGUCGCAGACUGGAAGGACCAGCGCGUUGCUCAGCAGCGCCGGGCGACCCUUGCGCUGCUCUCCAGCACAGCGCACCUGACAGGUUGGAGGCGGGCGCGCCUUGCAGCCAUGGACCGCCGGCGCCGUUUCCAAGAGCUCCGUGCUGUUUGGGGCGCUUGGCUGCGGUUCAUCCUCGCCGCAGCGGAGCGCUGGAGGGUUGAGGCCGAGGAGGUGGCGCAGGCGGAGACAGAGCUGCGCCAGGUGGCGGAGCGGCACGCCGCCCUGGAGGAGAGAUGCCGUGCCUCUUCGAUGAUGAACGAGGAGUUGAAGAGCGAGCUUUGUCAGGCCAAAGAUCGCCUGGCUCGCGAAGAGGAGGCUGCUGCGUCUAUCGCCUCGGAGCGGGGGACUCUCCAGGAGUCCGUUCUCCGAAGGCGGUCGGAAUUGCAAGAGGAGCUUGCAGAAGCGCUGCGGGCGCCGGAAGAGCUGCGUGCAGCUUGCCGGCGUGCGGAGGAAGAGGCUUCCAGUCGGUUCAAUGGCGUGUGGUGGCGGAAGGAUCUCAAACGAUUUGGAGCGGGUGUGUACUUCAACCGCAAAAUGCGCUAUCUAGGCUGCUUUGACUCUGAACACAGAGCUGCACUUGCAUAUGAUCAAGGCUUGCGAUCUCUUUGCCGCGAUGAACGUCGGCUAAAGAAGUCUCUGAAUUUUCCCAGUCCAGCGGAAGUGGAGUUUGUCGAAUCGCCGCAGAAAGCUCGGAGUCGAGCUUUGGCGCAGUUUUCUCACAUGGCAGUCAAUGAGGAGGAGUCCUUUCGUCGAUUGCACCACUAUUUCCAGUCAUCAUCUUAUUCAUGGUCCUAUGAAAUCGCACGUGUUUCUGGAUCUGCCAGAGCUGAUGCUAUUUUCCAGCCGAUUGGAGCCCUUUCUGGCGGUGUUCAGUUGCAGGUCAAGUCUACUAGGUCCAGAGGUCCAUCGGGCUGCACUUAUAGCUUUCGUGGUACUAAUGGAUACGAAGGCAUGGUCCUGGUUCUGAUAGCUCUUGAUCGCGAUGUCCUGUGGGCAGUGCCAGGGAAGGUCGUGCCACAGAAGACUUUCAACAUUACUUUGGGCUCAGACCGGGACCAAGCCUGGCGCACGUCUGAUAUCGGUGACACACUUAAGGGGCACUUCCAGUGUGUCGAUGAUUUCCCGCAUGUUUCAGUUGACCAAGCCCGGCUGCAGUGCAGCACCACAAACAAGGUGGAAGAGCGGGCCCAUGCCUCAAUGGCUAAGUUGUUUGGGCAUUUGGGUUUUCGGUUGAAGAAGUCCGUUCUGACCGGCUCCACAGUGGACUCGUGUCUUGAGUGGGGCGAGCACACGUGGCGUGUCCAAGAGAAAGCAUCAAGCUUGCACACAAACGGGACUUACUCAGUCAAUAUUGGCCGGUGUGCAGGAGCACUGGGUCGCCAGCCAUAUAUGACAACUGAUUUUGACUUGCUUUUGGCUGCCGUCCUGGAUGAGGGAAGUCUUGCUGGCAUUUUUGUUGUGCCAAUCGCUGUUCUAGCAGAACGCGGGGUAGUGGGCCAAAGGGCCGUGACAUUGCGCUUUUGUCCGCCAUGGGCCCGGGCCAGGGAAGCCACCAGGCUGAAGUAUGCCUGGCAGCUGGAGCACUUUGUGGACCUGCGUGCCUGGACUGGCAAGCCCCUGCUGCCUGUUGAAGUUCGAGCUCGACUCACGGAACUUCUGAAAGACGCUGUAAAAGGAAGAGCCUCGGCCUUGGCGCGCUCGGAGCGCCUGGCGCUUCGCCGCGACGCGGCGCUGCAGGCGUCCCUCCGCGAGGGCGCGGAGGAGGCAGCGCGGCGAUUGGAGGCUGGGGAAGGGAUCGUGGACAUGGGGAUCUGGGGCCGUGGGUUCUGGGUAGGUACAACGACUGCGGCGGGGCCGUCGCUGGCCAAGCCGGAUCCAGGGCCUGGCCAUAAUGAAGAGGUAGAGCAGGCAGACUCCAGGUAA